GAAUUAUCUCUCCUCAUCCCAAUUUCUCUUCCUUUCUGUAUCUCUCUAUUCUCUUUUCUUAUCUGCUUCUAAUUUAUACUUGUACAAUUCUACAUAACUUCAAUUUUGGAUAGGCAAAUUCACUACACUAUCUUCAUUCUUCUGUGACCAAAAAUGGCUUCUGUUACAUCUCCAUCAAUAACCCUCACUUGUGCUUCUUCCAACUUUCAUCACCAGCAAGACCUUUCCUUUAAUCCUUCUUUUCAUACCCAGAAACCCCUUUUUCUCAAUUAUUCAAACUACUCAUUAACCCUAAAUCAAAGAGAAAGAAAAUGUCUCAGAUGGGUUGAUAUCAAUUCCCAAAAACAGCCCAAUUUUAAUUCUUUUCACGUUGCUGUUUCUGCAGAAGCAGAGCCUGCUGUGGUUGAGGAAGAGGAAGUAGAAGGAGAAAGGGGUGGUGUUGCCACUUUGCCUACUAAACCAAAGAAGGGCAAAGCUGCUUUGCCCUUGAAGAGAGAUAGGACAAGGUCAAAAAGGUUUUUGGAGAUUCAAAAACUUAGAGAAGUCAAACAGGAGUAUGACUUGAAAACUGCUAUAUUUUUGAUGAAGCAAAUGUCUAACACAAAGUUCAUAGAAACUGCUGAGGCUCAUUUCCGUCUCAACAUUGAUCCCAAAUACAAUGAUCAACAGCUGAGAGCAACCGUGAGUUUGCCAAAAGGAACUGGAACAUCAGUCAAAAUAGCCGUGCUUGCUCAAGGUGACAAGAUUGACGAAGCCAAAGCUGCAGGAGCAGAUAUAGUUGGUGGGGAAGAAUUGAUAGAACAAAUAAAAGGGGGUUUUAUGGAUUUUGAUAAAUUAAUUGCAACUUCUGACAUGAUGGCCAAGGUUGCCAGUCUAGGAAGGAUUUUGGGGCCACGAGGGCUCAUGCCAACUCCAAAAGCUGGGACUGUCACGACAAAUGUCGCUCAGGCAGUGGAAGAAUUCAAGAAGGGGAAGGUCGAGUAUAGAGUUGAUAAAACUGGAAUUGUGCACAUUCCCUUUGGAAAGUUGAACUUUGAGGAGGAGGAUCUUCUUAUAAACUUUCUUGCCACAGUUAAAUCGGUGGAGAGCAACAAACCAUCAGGUGCUAAAGGAGUAUACUGGAAAAGUGCACAUAUAAGCUCAUCAAUGGGACCUUCAAUUAAGUUGAAUAUUAGGGAGAUGCUUGAUUACAAGCUUCCAUCAUCAAAUGCUUAGACAAUUUUGUGCAAAUUUCGUUCAGCCAUGUGCUAUUGCUUCCUAUUUCCGAAGAAUCUUUGGGCAAGUUCGAUAGUUCAAGACGCAAGCACGAGGAAUUAAAUGGUUCAUAGAUUAUCAAAAGCACAUAUCUUCAUUCAUAUGUGUGUGUUCUUCACCAUCAAGCUGACAAAAAUAUUGUAAUUUAAAAAUGGGUACUUGACCUGUGAAAAAAGCUGUAUCGUAGUCUCGAGUUUUGAAUAUAGUAUGAUUUUGACUGGUGUAUAGCUUUAAUGUGCAAGAGCUUUACUAUUCGGAUUGAAUGAUUUAGGAGCAAGAAGAAAUGCUAUUAGAAUGUUGACAAA